AUUUCGAUUCCAGAGAAAGGCAGAAAAGUUUCUUCCGUUUCACCCACAGAGGAGACUGCUAUCCAAUGGCGGUGGCGAGAGGAGCUCUGCUCAAGUACCUGAGGGUCAACGUCAGUCCUCUGCCCCAAAACCCCAGCGCUAGCAGCAAUGGGCUGUUCCAGCUCACAUUCAACGCGAUUCGCCGCCGCUUCUCCGAGGAGGUCAGGGGGUCGUUCCUCGACAAAUCCGAGGUCACCGAUCGCGUUAUCUCCGUCGUCAAGAACUUCCAGAAAGUUGAUCCUUCAAAGGUCUCACCAAAUGCCCAUUUCCAAAAUGAUCUUGGCUUAGAUAGUUUGGAUGCAGUGGAGAUUGUCAUGGCACUUGAAGAAGAAUUUGGAUUUGAGAUCCCAGAUAAUGAAGCGGACAAGAUCAAUUCCAUCAAUCUUGCUGUUGAUUUCAUUGCUUCUCACCCCCAAGCAAAAUAAGGUGAAAACAUGAGAUCCCAUCUCAUUAUUUUCAUCCUGUGAGGACUUUAGUUUAGCCACAUCAGUAGAAUUCUCAAUUUUCAUUGCUAUAAGAAAAAUGUUUGUUGUGCCCUUCGAUUUUGAGUUCCUAACUUCCUAUUGAAGAGGGAUUAUUUUGGAUUCUUGCUGUUUCAUUACAGCUUCCUUGGGUUCAUAAAAUGUCAUGGUUUCAUGAAAAACCUUUGGUUCUUUAAUUUCCUUCUUGGUUAUAUUUUUGCAAGUAUUUGUUUAGCCUACUU